CAACUCAAUUCUCAAAUCGUAAAUAACCCCUUUGAGGAUUUUUUUUCCAUCAGCAUCUAGUCCAGUCCAUCUCACCCGCACAAUUCCCUCAAAGCAUAUCAAGCUUCAAGUGAGCUAUAAGUCAGACCGUUAUAUACUUUUCCAUCUGCCUCACCCGCUGUUCUUCGUCACCCAAGAUAACUGAUCAACCCACUGUCACCUUAAAUAAUAAUUAUUUACAUCCUUACCUUCUCAAUUCCCUUCGUUCUUACCGCACUUACAUCAUAAACUUUCUUUAUAACUUUCUUCAUCAGUUUCUUUCAAGAUUCAAAUCAUGAUUUCCGAAAUAUUUGUAGCUUUGAUCGCUGCCUCUUCCUCUCAUCUGGCAGUUGCAGACGGCGUCAAGACUGCCACGACUGCCACCCUUACUGCUUCCACUGCCGCCUCUACACCAGCGCCCGGUCUUGCAGUCGCUGUGAACAACACCAAUAGUCUUACGGCUUCUUGCUUAUUAGCAGGUUCAUUUGGCGUAUCUGGUAACAUUCGAUUUACACUCGGAAACUCUUCUGAAGAGGUCGAUGUGAAAGUAUCAGUCAAUGGCCUUAUGGCUAUUAAUUCAACUGCUCAAUUUGCCUAUCACAUCCACACCAAUCCUAUCUCCGCAGACGGGAACUGUUCUUCAGCCCUUGGUCAUCUUGAUCCAUUGCAAGUCACUGAUGGACUUACAUGCGACCCCUUGAUGCCUCAGUACUGUCAAGAAGGAGAUCUCGCUGGACGACAUGGGAAGCUUCCAGGAAACGUGUCAACCGCUGAUGUGGACUACAGCGAUAACUUUAUCAGAUUUUGGCCUCAACCUUUCAGUAUCUUGGGCCGAAGUAUCGUUAUCCACGCUCCCAAUUCCACGCGGCUUGCUUGCGGUAACAUUACAUCCUUCGUAGAUGGUACUGCUGAUGAGAACGGUAACCCGACCGGCAAGCCAUCCAACUAUACUACAGACUACCCCACCAAGGCCUCUCCUCCCGGCGCUAAGGUUUCUCCUUUCAUCGGCACAAUGACUGAUACUGCAGCACUUGCUACCAUCACUCUCCCAGUCGCCUUACCCGACGUUGGUUCGGAACCCAACAUUGUUUUUACAUCUUCUGUUGUUACACGAACCAUCAAUGCGACAGUGACCACCUUGACCUUGCCAGCCGCUGCUCCAGCCGCGACUCCAUUCAACUACACUGCUGGUGCCACACUUCCGAGUCAAUCAGUGCUCCUCACCAUCAACGGCACCACAAAUUCUUCCACUACCCCUGGAAAAGGAGCUGCGUCCUCAGCGUCUCAAUUCAUCCUUAACCCCAUCUCCUUGCUCAUCCCCUUGUUCAUUGUGCUCAUUGUCUGAUCUUAGUUUAUACUUCUUAUGUGCUGGUAUCAUAUCUACUCGUAAUCUGCAAUCAGGAACAAUUUGUCAUACAUCCUCACCACCUUUUCAUUUUUUCAAUCUUUUAAUUUUCAUUGGCUGGUUUUUGUCCAUUUAUUUAUAACUGUGAAUUUCAAUUCUAUUCUAUCACAAGUUGACAAUCUAUAUAAGCUUCUUUUCUUUUGAUCUCCCUAAAGCAAUGCAAACAGUAUAAAUUUGCGAAGCCUUUGAAUAUC